AUGCAGGUUGCAGGUGAUCAAGAUGGCAUAUUGGAUAAAGUCUUCUCUUCGUUUAAGGACGACAGUUUUGUAAAGCAAUUUCUUGGACGAGUUGCACUAUUUCAUCAAAUAUUCUGUCAUGGCAAAAUGUAUGCAAUUGCCAAAGAAACGGCCAAGGAAUCCAACUUGCCUUUUCGAGUAACUAAUGCAUAUGCACCCCAAAGGUUUAUGAGCAGCAGCUAUUUGAGCCUGAAGCGUUUAGAGAUAAGCUAUGAAGCAUAUGUAGAAACAUUUCUAGACCAUCAUAACGAAGAGGAAAUGCGAUACAAGCUCUGUGGGAAUGAUUUUGUGUUCGAUUUAUGCGGUAUAUUGGAUCUUCUACGACCAAUCAUUGAGCUCAUGCUUAUGGCCCAACUACAAUGGUGCCCGGGCUGGAAGUUUCCAUCUUACAUAGGCUUAGCUAUUGCUCAAUUAGAGCUAUUUCCCCCAGAGAUCCUUAAACGUGUUCCUGACAAAAAAGCUAGCGCCAGGCUCAAUAGGCAUGCCAAAGAUAUAAGAAACAAUCGAUUCAAAUCAGUGGAACUUGAACCUGGAUGGAUCAUCGUUGGAUGUGAAGGCAAUGGUGAAUUCGUGUGGGAAGCUAGAGAAAUCAAAGACUGUCAGAAAGACCUAAAGACUUAA